AUGGCAACCACAGUCGACUCACCCACAGACAACAACACCGUUGCCACUGACGCUUCAUCCCUCGCAGAACGUGCAACAAAAGCCAAGGCAACCAUCGACAAGCACGAGUCUAUCCUCUUCAAGAUCAAGCUCCAGGAUGCUACCGGCAAGCAUGUCCCUGUCUACGAAGUCGCCAACAAGACCAUUGGCUUCCUUUGCGCUGCUGGUCGUUUUUCUGCCUGUCAGGAGUUGGCAACUCUCAUUGACCAGUUCUUGGAGGCAAACCCAGACUUUGUAAUUAUCUACAUCUCAUUGGACCAAUCUUUGGAGGCAUUCAACAGGACAUUGGCGGCACACCCACGCUGGUUGGCGAUUCCCUACAACGAGCCCGUCAGGCAGGAUAUUUUGAAUGAGUGGCAGACCAAGGGCGUGCCUUGUCUGCAUGUCUAUGACCCUGUCGAGCACGAGAUUGUGACCAGCUGGGGAGGCUCUUGCCUACGAUUCAACGCCGAGAGAUGUAUGAGCGAGUGGAAGAAGGGUCGCGAGGGAGUGUCGUAUCUGCAGAUUGUCUUGGGAUGGUGGUACUACCGGGCACCCCCAGGUGUCUACAGGGACAUGUCGGAUCAGGAGUUGAUUAACAGCGGGUUCCCAUCUCAAGAGUCGACCGACACCAAGAAGAACAAGUAG